UCCAAACACAAUGUCUAACAUCCCCUCCCUCCAGAGCUUUGGCUUUCCACCAUUCUUCCCACCUUCUCCUCCUGCUAAACAACCACCCCGCCCGCGGCCACCCCCUGUUGCACCACCAAUUGUCCCGGCGCCACCCCGCCCUCAGCCACCCCCUGUUGCACCACCAGUUGUUCCGGCACCACCCCGCCCGCGGCCACCCCUCUUGCACCACCAGUUGUUCCGGCACCACCCAGGCCGCUGCCACCCCCUGUUGCACCACCAAUUUGUCCCGACGCCACCCCUUGUCCCAGCACCACCCUGCCCGCUGCCGCCACCUAUUGCACCACCAGUUGUACCGCCACCACCCCCCGUCACUCCCCCAUCGCCGACCCCCAACACUGUCAUCGUUAUCGUGUUCGUCUCGCUCGGCGGCCUCCUCUUCCUCGCAUUCCUCGCGGCUGCUCUCUUCUGUUUCCUCAAGAAGAAGAAGAAGAAGAAGAUGGUCCAAGAGAAUGAUGUUGUGAACGUCGAAGACCACCUACGCGUCCAUGAAACCAUAGUUCCAGGCCCCCAUGGCUCACAACUGGUGGCCAUGGCGGUCGACGAAGAUCUCAGAGUUCAGGAAGUGAUGAAGAAGAACGAAUUCGCCUCCGAAGCCUCGGGCACCAAGCUAGGGUUUGGAGGCAGCUGGAACAAACAAGGAGGGAGCUGCAGUUCCUCCGGGCUCUAAGCGCCACCACCUUCUUGAGCACAAGGGCUAGCAAAGACGCAUGCAUGGUUGCCAAAGCUUGGCCGAGAAAGAAGUUGUGGUACUUCUACUAAGGACCUGUACGUGGUUCAAUUGUGUGCAUGGAGAGUGUUGCCCGUGUUCCUUUUUCUUGUUCAACUCAUCAAAAUAAGAUGCCUUGUUGGAAAUAAUUGUCCCAUUGUUUAUGUACUCUUGGUAGCUAUAAGAUUACAAAGU